UGCCUUCGCUGUCGCACACGGCGGGCGGCAGAGGCGGCAGCGCCGCUCCCAGCGGGGGCAGGGCGGGCGCGGAGCGUCCCCGCCGCCGCCAUGGAGAAGCAGCCCGGCGGCGAGGACGAGUGCGUGGACUCGGGAGCGGAGACGGGCGGGUCUGAGUACAGCCGCAUGUCCUCUACCAGCAGUGAACUUUCUGUGGAAGGCAUACAAGACCCAUUCCUUGUUAGUGUACAUAUUAUCACAGACCCAGGUGAAUCCAAGACACUUCAGCAGGCCAUCGAUAAGCUUCUAGCCUGGAUCCAUCCAGACCUGCAGCUGUUUCGGGUCUCAGAAAGACGAGCGCCCAGGAAGCGCAGGAAGCCGGUGAAGGCUGGUGUUUCUCAGCCAGCCCUUGCUGUCAUUCUGUUCCUGCAGGAGGAGUAUGGAGAAGAACCGAUCUUGCAGCUCCAUGAAACUUUUCAGCGGCCACCAUGGCAUUACCACCACACAGAGCUAAUGCAUGGGAAAUUCCUCCCUUACAUGCCAUGCAGCCAAGACUUCUACACUUUGGCUCCAGAGACUCCUCUCUGGGCCAUUCGCCCAGUGCACUACGGGAAGGAAAUGAUCCGCUUCACCAUAUACUGUAGGAAUGAAAAUUUUGUGGACAUCUUGAAAUUGUAUGAGUUAAUAUUGAAAAGACCAAUGUGUCAGAAAAAAGCAGACUUCUGUGUUUUUCCUGUCUAUUCUAACAUGGAAAUAGACAUUCAGUUUUCUUUAAAAAAACUCCCAAAGGGCCAGGUGCCAGUGAGGACAGAGUCAGCCGUGCUGGAGUUCAGAGUAAAAGAUGUGGGGCAGCUUGUGCCUCUCUUGCCCAACCCUUGCAGCCCCAUCAGUGAAGGCAGGUGGCAGACAGAAGACCACGAUGGAAAUAGGAUCCUUUUGCAGCAAGCACACAGUUGGUGUAGGAAGUCUGCAAAGCAGAAGAAGCAACCGUAUCCAUCUGUGUCAACAGAUUCCCACUUCACCACUCUGCCAGCCUUUCUUCCUCAGAGCCACCGAUCUGUCUCUGAACAGCCACAAGAAAUGGGUGAAAAAAAGGUACAUCACACAAAUGGCCUUGGUCAUUAUCUUGGUUUCUCCCAGCAGGACUUGAGACACAGUGAUCAAGGAGACUUCACACGCAGAUCCAGGAGUGCCUCCAGCAUUUCUUGGUCAUUUCAACGAAGCAAGUCUCUGUUCUGCUUGCCCACAGUGAACUCCUCUUCAGGAUCAGAGACAUUUCAUUUCAGUGAACCAUUUCAGUUUUUAAAUACUGGGUCACCUGCAACCAGGUUAAAAACAUGGAAAUGCAGCCCCAAGCUGAACAUUGAUGACUUGGAGGGUGCCCAAGAGACUGAUGUGGACACAGGGAUGAAGCUGUCCUUCUCAGACCUGUCUGUGGUGUCUGCAUACUCUGCUCUUAAUGGAUUUUGCAGUGAGUUGGAAGACUCUCUUCCAUCACAGAAACAAACUGUCAGUAGGGCUAAACAGGCAGCCACCAGUGGAAGGCCUGUAUCAGCCAUGUGCAAUACCUUUGAGUCGGUUGAUGGUUCACUGCCUUCUCUUUCAGAAUGGUCUUCCAGCUCUUUCAUCUCAGCAUCUCCCUCUAAGCAGCACAAACAGGCGCUGAGAGCAGCUUCAUAUUCUCUGGAUGAUAGUGUUUGCCCAGCUUCACCAGUUAAUGAAGAAGAAUUUUACAUCUGAGGUUUCUCUAUCUUAGACCUUCCGGAGCAAACAUGUUCUACUUGUGAAUGACAGCAGUGGGUCCACCUUGAGCUUACAGAAGGUUCCUUUUUGAGGAGAAGGUGAUGCAGAAGAGUGUGUUAAGUAUUUGAAGAAAAUACUCAGCACCCUCUGAGACUGGCAUUCUCAAAUGGGGGACAGUAAAGCAGUCUGAGAUUGCACCCUGUACCUUUGUACUGGAGGAUAUGAUCAGCACAGAGGCUUUUGCACAGCAGUGCAGAAGUUGGUUUUCUGACCAGCCCUUGGACUGGUGGUGAAGGAAAUGCUGGAAGAGGCGCAUAAUAUUCCAUUUUAAUUUGGCAGAAAAUGAAGAAUUUGUGACACCAAACUGCUUUAACUUCUCUGAGAAAUUCCUUUAAGAAAGAUGGGAGAAGAAAAGGGUCUUACUUCCUUUUCACAGGUUCUAAAGGCAGCUCUAAGCACAGCAGGGCCCAGCAGCACAGCUCCAGUAGGGUCUGGCAAGAAGUUUCUUGUGAGGAAACACUUUCCUUCCAACCUUUGAGAGCUGGCAGUGGUGAGGUGGGGCAGAAUCACACAAUCGUCAAGGUUGGAAGAGGUCUGAUCAUCUGAGUCCAGGUGUCAACCUAGCACUACCAUAAUCACCCCUAAACCAUAUCCCCAAGUGCCACAUCCAGACACCUCUUGAACACUUCCAGAGACUGACCCCACCACCUCACUGGACAAUUUAUUCUAAGGUCUGACCACCCUUUCAGUGAGUAAUUUUUUUCUAAUAUCUAAUCUGACCCUCCCCUGGUGCAAGUUAAGGCUGUUUCCUCUCGUCCUAUCACUCAAGACAUGUCAGAAGAGACCGACCCCCCUCUUCACUGCAGCCUCCUUUCUGGUAGUUGUAGAGAUCAGUGAGGUAACCCUUGAGCCUCCUUUGCUCCAAACUAAACAAUCCCAGUUCCCUCAGCUGUUCCUUAUCAGACAUUUGCUCCAAACCCUUCACCAGCUCUGUUGCCCUUCUCUGGACAUGCUCCAGCACCUCAUUGUCCUUCCUGAAUUGUGGGGCCUGGAACCAGACACAGGACUCAAGGUGCAGCUAUCACCAGUGCCAAGUACAGGGGUCAAUCACUGCCCUGGUCCUGCUGGCCACACUGCUGCUGAUACAAACCAGGAUGCCAUUGGCCUUCUUGGCCACCUGGGCACAUUGCUGGAUCGUGUUCAGCUGGCUGUGGAACAGCCCCUCCAGAUCCUUUUCCAGCCACUCUUCCCCCAGCCUGUAGCAAUGCAUGGGAUUGUUUUGACCCAAGUGAAGGACCCAGCACUUGGUUCACCUUACUUGACCCCACAAGACUGUUCUCAGCCUAUCAAUCCAGUCUGUCACAGUCCCUCUACAGGGCCUUCCUGCCUUCCAGCAGAUCAACACUCCCGCCUAGCUUGGUGUCAUCUGUGAGCUUACUGAGGAUGCACUCAAUCUGCUCAUCCAAAUCAUCAAUGAAGAUGUGAAACAGAACUGGCACCAGUACUGAGCCCUGGGGAACACCAGUAGUCACCAGCAACCAGCUGGAUUUAUUUCUAUUUACCAACACUCUCUGGGCCUGGCCAUCCAGCCAGUUUUAUUCAGUGAAGAGUCCACCCAUCCAAGCCAUGAGCAGCCAGUUUCUCCAGGACAGUGAUGCAGGAGACAGUUUCAAAUGCUCUCCUGAAGUCUGGAUAGACAACAUCCCCAGAUUUUCCCUCAUCUACUAAGUGGAUCACAUUGUCAUAAAAGGAGAUCAGGUUGGUCAAGCAGGACCUGCUUUUCAUAAACCCAUGCUGGUGAUGCCUUAUCCUGGUCUUAAAAUCAAGAGUCAAACACGGUUAGAAGGGGAAAAGGGAUUUUACCUUGAUAUUUAUUUUAAGGAU